GUCUGAGGUCUGAGGUCUGAGAUCUGCCUCGCGCCUCGAGAGCAACAACAAAGAGAUUCGAGUUCCAAUUCACCCACAUCCUUCGUUUCCGUUGUCCGUCCACACCAACGAGGUCCUUCAUCUUGGACCCUUGCCAUUCCGAAUCUUGUGCUGAAUACUCAAACCACUUCCCACCCCGUUCAAUAAAACAAGAGCACUCUCGAGCGACAAGCAUCAUCACAUCACCAUCAUCAUGCUCGUCUCCUUGACCGUCGGCAAGGUCGAUGCCGGCGUCACGGUCCUCCUGACUCAAGACAAGCGCCUGAUCGAGUUCCCAUCCAUCCUCCUCCCUCCCAACAUCUCCUCCGGCAGCAUCGUCGACAUCACCGUAGGACGGAACCACGCCUCCGAGUCCAAAACCGAGCACGCCUUCCGCGAGCUCCAGGACCGAAUCUACACCACCUUCGGCGCCCGGGAACCCGCCCGCCCGGUCCUCCGCUGCCGCAACACCACCCAAACCAGCGUCGUGCUCGAGUGGGACCCCGUCCAGCUCGCCACCGCCGACCUCAUCUCCCUCUCGCUGUACCGCAACGGCCAGAAGGCCGGCAACAUCCCGCGGCCCCUGCACAUGCACAGCACCAAGAUCAGCGGCCUGGCCAUCGACACCGAGUACACCUUCCACCUCGUCCUCCGCACCACCGCGGGCGUCUACGCCUCGGACCGCGUCCACAUCCGCACCCACAAGCUCACCGACCUCAGCGGCGUCACCAUCGCCACCGGCAUCCUCCCCAGCCCGGUCCGCGACGCCCUCGCCGCCGCCGUCGACCGCGUCGGCGCCAAGCUCGUCGACGCCGUCCGCAUCGACACCACCCACUUCGUCACCACCGAGGGCCGCGGCCUCGCCUGGGAAAAGGCCGUCGAGAACAACAUCCCCGUCGUGCGCCCCGAGUGGGUCGACGCCUGCGAGAAGAACGGCCGCAUUAUCGGUGUUUCCAAGUUCUACCUCGACGCCUGGCGGCCCGGGCCCCCCAUCACCCACGGUGCCGAUUCGUCGCCCGCCGCCGCCGCCGCCGCCGCCGCUAGCCCCCCGGCGCAGAAGGACCUGCCCGCCACGCCAUCGCAGUCACAAUCGCAACAGCAGCAGCAGCAGCAGCAGCAGCAGCAGCAACAACAACAAUCGACGCAACCGCAGCAAGGUUCCUCCUCGGCGGCAAACAACGAGACAGCAGCCCUGGCAAAUGAGACCGCCGCACCUGCAGCUCCUUCCAGGGGUUCCGUGAGCGGCUCCGAGAAGCCCGAGGACGACGACGACGACGACGAAGAAGAGAAAGAGGGAGGAGGGGACAAGGAACAAAAGACCCGCGGUGCCGAGGCGCACGACGAGCAGAAAGUGAGGCUCGAGGAUAAGGGUGAUCACCACCAGAACCUCGCCCUGCGGCCGGGAGGCGCCCUUUCCGCCGCUGUCGGCGACGACGCGAAGGCCGAGGAUGACCAGCCCGUGUCGUCGAGUCGGGGAUCACUUCAGGACGUUGAGCUGUAGUUCUGGCGUACUGGACUGACUACACUGGCCCGCCGCCCGGGGAGGGGUGGGGGGGAACGUCGGAACGGGGCAAAGGCAGUACAAAGUCUCUCUGAGGGAGGGGAUUCAUAGGGUUAUUGUAAUGUACAGACUUUUAUAGCGGUGUGUCUCCCUGUGUGUGUUAGCGACAUUGGUGAUAUCUUCCUACGGCAUGGCAUCGUGAGAUGAGGCGAAGGAAUGAAAUGCAUUCUCACUGAAGCCUCCGCUGCUACUCAGCAAGUCCAUUGCAAUCGAUGCGAUCUCGGAUAUAUUGGAACGUAGACCAGGAACCAACAACCAUGACGAGCAACAAAAUGAACC